CGGUGUUUGUUGUGUAGUUGUUAGGUGGCGGGGCAGCCCGAUGGAGGCAGGUCCACGUCCAAGAAAGGUGGAGACUCCUGGCCAACUUCCUGCACAAUACUCUUCCAGCGCCGCCAGGAGACAAGAAGGACGAAUGGCUGCGCGGCUCUCUUGACCUUCUCUCCCGGAUAUUUAGCUGCUGGUAGCUGCUGGCGGAUCAAAGAUCGUCGAUUAAGGGCGGGACGGGCUGAAGGCAGAAAUGGAGGUCGUGGUGGAGUUUGAAUACGAAGCGCUCCACGAAGAUGAGCUGACCCUGCGACCCGGUGACAUCAUAAAGAAUGUCCGCCGCAUCGAGGAGGACGGCUGGAUGGAGGGAGAUCUCAACGGUAAACGGGGACUCUUUCCUGACAACUUUGUCAAGGAAGUAAAGAAGGAGGCCAAGGAAGCAAGACAUGAAGCCAAAGAAGAACCUCAGCAGCCUGUGAAGAGAGAUAAGUCUACAGGGACUGUGGCCAACUUGGUUCAGAGGAUGAGCACCAUUGGCCUCCCAACUGGUGGCUUCCAGCCAAGACCAUCAGCUGCCAUGAAGAAGCCCAAGAAGAGACUGUGCAGAGCAUUGUAUGACUAUCAGCCAGUGAAUGAUGAUGAGCUGGAGCUAAAAGUGGGGGACAUUGUGGACGUCACUGAAGAGGUUGAAGAGGGCUGGUGGAGUGGAGUCCUGAACAACAAGUCAGGACUCUUCCCCUCUAACUUUGUAAAAGAAGUGGAUCCCAGCAAAGACAACGGCGACGUGGACGACACCACAGCAGAGGAGGCCGAUGGCGGCGGUGUAGACAGCAGCCAGGCCGCUGCAGGCAACGGUGCUAUUCUGCAGCCCAAGAAAGUCCAACGUAUCGGUUACGGGAAUAUUUUCAAAGAUGGCUCUUUAAAAUCCAGAAUCCGAAUACCCAACUUGGAAACAGAAGAGAAAAAGGACACCCCAAGUCCUUCUUUCCCGCCAGCCGCAAAAGCCGCCUUUCCCAACAUGACAGAAGUACAGCGAGGAGACGGAGACAGCAAUGCCAAAGCUAAAGAGUUCUGCAAGGCCACCUUUGCUUACGAGUCCACACAUGAAGAUGAGCUGAGCUUUCACGAGGACGACAUCAUCACUGUUCUAAGCAAGGACACAGGAGAGCCUGGGUGGUGGCGAGGGGAGAUCGCAGGCAGAGAAGGCGUCUUCCCUGACAACUUUGUCCUCAUGCUAUCGGACUCAGAGAAAGAGGCUCACCUGGUGAGAGGGUCACGUAAGUCCUCACUCAAGCACGACUCUGAGGAGAAACCGAAGAAGCCACCUCCACCUUCAAAAACCAUAGCUCUCAAACCAGAGGUUCCCAGCCCCGACAAAAAGCCACAUAUCAGGCCAGAGGACAAAGUGGACAAGCCUGUGCCAGAUCCCAAACCAUCCAAGCCUGUGGCGCCAACCCCGCCCAAGAAGCCGGUGCCUCCACCAGGCAAAGGCAGGCAGGGAGUUCCAAGGAGGCCAGACAAAGCUCUCACUCCAUCGCCGAAUCUCAAACACAACGGGGAGCUGCCUUCGCCUCGUCCUAAGCCUGACUUGGAGCUGUCACUUCCUCCCAAGCCAAAACCCUCGGGGGACACGGGCGACAAAGACUCAAAUCUAAUCAAUUUUGACGAGAUGUCUUCCAGUUUAGAGAAGCUGUCCCACCCCACAGUUAACAGACCCAAGAUUACUGGCCGCAGGUUGCCUGCCCAAUUUGUGGGAGGAGGGCAGUCGCCCAACAAGGAAGUGAAUGUGGAGAAGUCCUUCAAGAUGGACGAGGAUGACGGCGCCAAACUAAAGCCUGCAGACUCCAGGAAGCCUUCCACAAGCACAUCCCCUUCAACGUCCUUCCCCAAGCCCACCUUGGAGUCCAAGUCCGGCCCGGCAGCCUUCACAUUAAAUUUGGACAGCGGCGAUCCAAAAUUGCAGAUGGAAGAUCUUCGGAGUCAAAUGAAGGAAUUGCUGCUGUCCGUGGAACUCUUCAAGGCCCAACAAAUGAAAGAGAUAGCAGACCUCCGAAGAGAAGUGGAUGAGGAGAAACUGAAGCGUGUGGCUCUGCAGAUGGAGCUUGAUAAACUAAAGAUGGCUGUCCACUCAACGUGAGUCAAGGUGAUGCCUGAAGGUCAUCUGUAGUGACAGUAGAAUGGACAAAGAGAGGGUACAAUGGUUUCAUAUCUUCAAACAUUUGUAAGAUUAACACUUUCGCACACACACAUACAUAUAUAUAUAUAUAUAUAUAUAUAUAUAUACAUAUAUAUAUAUAU